AUGGACCGCCAGACAUUCAUGAUCAUCAUGAUCAUGAUGAUCUUCAUUAUGAUGCCGAAAGGACCAGAUGAGGCUACGGGUGACAAAGAUCGUGAGGUUCUUCAACUCUACAAGGAUAAGUUGGUGCAAAGCAAGAAUGAGCAGGCAAAAGCCGAGUAUUACUUGGGAUACGGCGACUUGCCGGGGCUCAGGCUUUCGUACCAGGACAAUUUGGACCACCGAAAUGUGUCUGAUUGGCCGUUCAGAGAGUAUUCGCCGGAGCAUCCUUUUUCCGAUUCUCAGAAAGAUACUAUGCUUCCAGAUGAAGUUACAGAACGGAUCAAGACGUUCUGGGGCAACAACCCGGUGGAACCUUCCGGAAAGGCAUACCAUCUCAAUAUUUCUGGGGAUAUUCACGGCGAGUUCGAGGUUUGGAAGCCAAAACAGAAGAUUGUUCCUUUUCCUCUUGAAUUGCCUGAUUACCUACGAGACUACUACAAUUACUACCGUCGGGAGAAGUACGAGGACGAGAAGCAGAAGUACGAACUGGAUCCAGAAAAUAAUUCGCCUCCUGAGGAGUAUGACACCAUCGUGGACAAAGUUGGCAAUAUCACCACUUAUAACCACGGCCUUGUUCUGGUUUCAAUCAACUCUUUAAGUGACGCUUAUCCGGAUUUAAAUGUUGAACAGCAUAAUUUGGGUGUAGAGAAGGACACGGUAUUGGUCGUUGUGGAGGUGACUCUUAAGAACCAUAGCGAAUCUGAUAUUCAUCGUUUGAGAAUGCUAGGUGUUUACUAUCAAAAUACUGGAUCACUAGCUGCCAUCACGAACUCAGGGAAAUUCAGAGGCAACUAUGCGUUGCCACAUUUUGGAUUCACUGAAAACAAUUUCAACGUGACUAAGUUGCUUGUUUCCCGUCUUUUGGAAGUUACCAACAUCCAGAAAGAUGUCACCAUGGAUGAUAUCAACAGGUCGAUUGAGAAGGCUGACGGUCAAUGUGAAUUGGUGUCUUAUAUUCAGUUUGAGAAGACUCAAUAUACUCAGAGCCAAUUGCGCUAUAUUGAUCUGGAACUUGCCCUGCCACAGGGACUACCACUCCCUAAAACGAUUCCUCCUCUAGAAAUUUCAAAUGCUCUCCUAUAUUCUCCGGAUUGUGGAAUUUUGUUCGAGAAUAAGCCCUCCGCAGCUUUCGUGGGUGAGAGAGUGGAGGUGACAACGAAAAAAUUGAGAAAUGUGUUGAUUUGUGUGUUAUUGUUGGUACUCUUGGAGCUCAAAUUGAUCAUGAAACAGACGAAACAGUGCCACACGCCAAGCCAGUUGUCGAAUGUGUCCACAAUUUGUAUUGGAAUGCUCAGCUUUUAUGACCUGAUUGUAAUGGUAUUAUCGGUUAUUACCCUCUGGAGAAAAGAGCUCUAUCUCUUGUGUACUUGCAUUGGAGUAUUCAGUGGCUUCCUCUAUUAUCUGUUUGAGGUUCGGUACCUUUUGACAAUCAGUGCUACGCAGGCCAAUGAAAGAGGAACUACUUGGUGGGAGAUUCUCCGUGGAGCAUCACCUGAGACCCAGCAAGCUCCAACGGAAGGCACUGCAACUGAAGGAAAUGCCACUAUGGGUGGCACUGGAAACACAACAACACCCCCAACUACUACGGCAGCUGAACCUACCCAGGCCAACUUGCCAACUCCUCAGGCCACAGAGGAGUCCAGCCUUUUCGUGGGGUAUGCAUUCACAGGAUUCAUGCUUUCUUGUAUUGUGGCAUACAUGAUUCUUGUUGCUGCUGAGUGGCGAACAUCAGUUCGUCGUGUCGUGGAAUAUUCGGGUGUCUUGCUCAUAAACUCCUACUGGAUCCCUCAAUUCUUCAGAAACACAUUGAAGAAUCGUAGUCGGACAUUCCUGUGGGAAUUUGUCUUGGGCACUUCGCUUGUGAGGAUGAUCCCGGUGUUGUAUUUGUGUCUCAAUGCUUCCAACCCAUUUAGACAUGCUAGGGAUCCAUAUCUCGUGUACGCGUUGUCUUGCUGGCUCCUUGUGCAGAUUCUCUUGCUCUAUUUACAAAGUAGAUUGGGGGCAAGAUUCUGGGUCAAUGAUAGAUGGCUUCCUGAGCAGUAUAAUUACCACCCAGUAAUGCUGAUCAGUGACUUGGAAAGUGGAUUUGCUUCGGAUAUUCUCGCCAACAUGAAGCCACAUUCCGCAGGAAGUAAUGUGUCCAUUUGUGAGGUGGACUGUGCAAUCUGCAUGUCGUCAUUAUCCAUUCCGGUGUUAGCAACAGCAGAUACCAAAGAGAAAAGGUCGUAUGAACAAAUGAUGAAGGAGGUGCUGGUAACGCCGUGCCAUCAUAUUUUCCAUGCCAGUUGCUUAGAGAACUGGAUGAUUUACAAGCUACAAUGUCCAGUGUGUCGGUGUGCACUUCCUCCGGUGUAG